UGGUUUGCUUCUCCUCCACACAGAAGGAGAGCUGGAUGAAGAGCACUGGGGAGAACACUUUGCAGAAUGUGCAGGCAAGCACCAAUCUCCUAUUGACAUCCAGAGGAAAAAAGUGAGGUACAACCCCCAGCUGCUGCAGCUGGAGCUGAGUGGUUAUGAUGGACCUUUGCAGGGGGAUUUCACCAUGACCAACAAUGGUCACUCUGUUCAGAUUGAUUUGCCACCUACCAUGCACAUCUCCAGAGGGCUCCCAGGACUCUACACAGCUGUACAGAUGCAUCUGCACUGGGGUGGCCUGGACCUGGAGACCAGUGGCUCUGAGCACACUAUAGAUGGGAUGAGAUACUUUGCAGAGCUGCACAUUGUCCAUUACAACUCAGCUGACUACUCAAGCUUUGAAGAAGCCAAAGACAAACCAAAUGGGUUGGCUGUGCUUGCCUUCCUGUACGUGGAUGGGCACUUAGAGAAUACCUACUACAGUGAAUUCAUCUCCAAACUGGCAAAAAUCAGGUUUGCAGGUCAAUCAACAAAACUCACAUCCCUGGAUGUCCAAGCCAUGCUGCCAGAAAACCUUUCACACUUCUACAGGUACCAGGGCUCACUAACAACCCCACCUUGCUUUGAAAGUGUGACCUGGACCAUCUUUCAUUCUCCAAUUGUCCUUUCUCACACACAGAUCAGCCUCCUGGAGAGCACCUUGCUGGACUGGCAGAACAGAACGCUGCGCAACGACUACCGGCACGCCCAGCCCCUCAACCACCGGAUGGUGGAAUCUUCCUUCCAAGCCAAACUCAGCCAAGAACAAUGCUGUUCAGAAGAAUUCAGCAUCAGACUGGAACAAAUCCAGAUGCAGCUCCAAGAAAUGAAGAGAGACCAAGUAGGAAAUGUAACAACUGGCUUUUUGGUUAUUUCAGGCAUUAAAUCCUGCACUUUUCCAGCCUUCUACUUCCCCGUGGAAAACUUUGAGAGUUUUGUGAAUGUUCAUCCCCUCCACGAUAUGUCUCUCCAAGCCUUCACCUUAUGUUUCUGGACAAAAGCCCAGCGUGCUGGCAGUCAGACUGUGCUUUCCUACUCCACACAGGAGAGGGAUAAUGAGCUAGUGAUGACUGUGGGCACAGCUGUAGGACUCUGGAUAGGAGGCCAUUUCAUCAGCUUCCCCUUGUACAACAUGGCACAAGAUUGGCUUCAUUACUGCAUGGCAUGGUCCUCCCAGUCUGGAAUGGCAAAUUUAUGGAUCAAUGGAGCACCUGGUAAAGCCAAGAGUAUCCAGAAAGGGUAUGUGAGCCAGGCUGGAGGGACACUUGUCCUUGGGAAAGACAGAGACACUCUUUUUGGGACAUUCUCCAAUAGUUUUGCAGGGUGGAUGACUCAGGUGAACCUGUGGAGCCAAGCUCUGAGUCCUGCAGAUGUCCGAGCACUUGCACUGUGCAAGCCAGGGCAACUGAAGGGAGAUAUCAUAGCAUGGGGAGAAACCCCCAUGACCCUCUUGGGAGGGGUGGUUCUGCAGUCUGACACCAGCUGUCAGUGACUCUACCUUUUUUUUCUUUUUUACUAUUAUUAUUUUUAAGGCAGUAGAAUCCUACCUGCUUACUGGGAAAACUGAGAAAAUCUUAAACUAUUUGCUUCUUUCUUAUUCUCCUUUGUUCAGGCUCACUAUGCACCUUCUAGUGCUCAUUUGUCCAAGCAGACACAUGGGAGCAAAGCUUCCAUCAGUGGGACAGAAGCAAAGAGCUGAGUGGAACUUGGCUCAGUCCAACUCCUUGCAUUGUCACAUCCCUCCCAAGACUUAGCCCUAGGUCCUGUGUCAAAGAGCUCUCACAUCCUUCACCAAGUCUUGGUUCCCUGUGUGCAUCCUUCCUCUCCACUUCCACCAUCACCACACCCCUUCCCCUGCAGACACAGGACAGGACACAUAAAGCCCUCGCAGCACAAAGUGUGGUCCUAUGCAAUCACUGUGCUUUGAUCAGUGACUUCUGUGAAUGGAUGUAGAGACUGAGCAUGGAAACAGCUUCUUUUUUAACAUGUAUACAUCACAAAUUUCAGGGCAGGUAUAAAACUCAUCUUCUGAGGUUAAAGACUAUCUCCAUCAACAAUACAAAAUCAGUCCC